CCCUAAACGACAACAACAACAAAAAAGGACAGGAUGAUGCUGUCCGAGCAAGCCCAAAAGUGGUUUCCAACCCACGUGCAGGUCACAGUGCUCCAAGCCAAAGCUCUGAAGCCGAAAGGCAAAAGUGGCACCAAUGACACAUACACCAUAAUUCAGCUGGGCAAGGAAAAGUGCUCCACCUCUGUGGCCGAGAAAACCCUCGAUCCAGUCUGGAAGGAAGAGGCCUCCUUUGAGCUGCCUGGGUUGCUCAUGCAGGGGAACCCUGAGAAAUACAUUCUUUUCCUCAUAGUUAUGCACAGGUCCCUGGUGGGGCUGGAUAAGUUUUUAGGGCAGGUGGCAAUCAAUCUCAAUGACAUCUUUGAGGACAAACAAAGAAGGAAAACCGGGUGGUUUAGAUUAGAAUCCAAACAAGGAAAAAGAGUCAAAAGCAGAGGUGAGAUCAAGGUCAGUAUCCAAUUUAUGAGGAACAACAUGACCGCAAGCAUGUUUGACUUAUCCAUGAAGGACAAAGCGCAAUCUCUUGCAAAGUUCAAAGAUAUGAUGAAAGGUAGAAAAAAUGACUGGACCUUUUCGGAUACAUCUUCUGCAAUCAUUCCAAGUACUCACGUGCCCGAUGCCAAUACUGAAUUUUCAAGUGGUGAGAUGCAGAUGAAGUCCAAACAAAAGCCUUUUCUUUUGGGUCCUCAGCGACUCUCCUCUGUGCAUUCAAUGUCUGACUUGACUGGGCCGCACAUAUCUUCUGAGAAACUGAAGUCUGGGGCCAUUGGUCAGACGCAUCUUCUCAGUCGCCAGAUAGAUCCUUUUGGAGCCGUUGGUGAAAGUGGAAGUCUCAAGUCUCCACACAGAAGAACAUUAAGCUUUGAUACUUCCAAAAUGAACCAGCCUGACAGGAUUGUGGAUGAAGGUGAACCCUCUUUUGGAAGACAGAAUGACCCAUUUGCAAAUGUGACUGCUUCAUUACCCCCAAAAUUUGCAACACUGCCAAGGAAAAAAAAAAAUCCAUUUGAAGAAAGCAGUGAAUCAUGGGACAGCAGCAUGAAUUUAUUUUCAAAGUCAAUUGAAGUAAGGAAAGAAAAUAAAAGAGAAAAAAGGGAAAAAGUGAGCCUAUUUGAAAGAGUGACUGGAAAGAAUAGCAGAAGAUCUGACAGACUUAACAAUGGGGGAUCUGAUAGCCCCAGUGACUUGAAAUCACCUAAUGCAUUUAGUGAAAACCGUCAGGACUAUUUUGAUUAUGAGUCAACCAAUCCGUUUACAACUGAAUUCAGGGCUCCCACUAUAAUGCCAUCUUCAGGCUUUCAUAUGAAUCCGACAUGCCAUGAAGACCUCAGGAAAAUCCCGGACAGCAAUCCUUUUGAUGCCACGGCCGGGUACCGGAGUCUGACCUAUGAAGAGGUGCUGCAGGAGCUGGCGAAGCACAAAGAACUCCUCCGCAGACAGGACACCCACAUCCGGGAGCUCAAGGACUACAUCGACAACCUCCUGGUCAGGGUGAUGGAGGAGACAUCCAGCAUCCUCCGAGUGCCCUAUGAGCCAUCCAGAAAAGCUGGCAAGUUCUCCAACACUCAGGAGAGCCAAGGGCACUGGGCUUGUAAUUGGGGAGAAAAAGUGUGA